GGAAGCUCGGAUAAUCCAUCACUCGGGGCCAUACGGCACAGCUAGGCUGCCUCCGGAGCUCGCGGAUCCAGCGCCUCUCCUGGUUGUUCGUGGAGCCUGGGAGCCCCCCGUGGCCAUGUCCUACCCCCAGUUCGGAUACCCCUACUCGUCUGCACCCCAGGUAAGUCCUGCCUGACUCCCAUCGCAUCUACGCCCUUUCCCAUCGCAUCUCUGCCCCCCUCUGUAAAGGCGCGCAGGAGAAUUCCCAUCUCAUGGGAGGCGCUUUUGUAGGGACCUGAUAUGCUUCAGAUCAACUGGGGGCUGGGGGAAGGGAUGGAACCACCACCACCCCCCCACUUCCCCAAGAGCAGUGACUGCCAUUAUUACGCGGAAGUAAGGCCCCACUGAAACCACAGGCACUUACUUCCAGGUAAAAGGGAGACUGUGUCGCCUUGGUAUCCUAAUGCUGCGGUGCUCUAACCACGAAUGGUUUAGAAAGUCCACCUGCCCUGGAUUCAUCGAGGCUUACUUCGGAGGGACCUUGACCUAGAGUGAGAAUGUUAACAGUGAGGGGUGGGGAGCUAAAUUGGAGUCAAGGGCGGGUAUCGUUUAGGAUUGGGUUGGAGAGCCGUGUCCUGAAGAUCUGGAAGAUCUCUAGUCUCACAGGGGUGCUAGCUAGCCUGCAACAAAUUACUCCUGCAGCCCGCUGAAGACGGAAAGAUCUCAGGUGUUCAUUGAUCUCAGAGGGUUUUACUUACUGCCAAGAGGUGAACUGGGGCAAAAGAUAAGAAGGAAGAAGCUCGUUCCCAAGGGUCCGCGGACCUACUCUGAAGUAAGCGGGUGGAUGGUUCAAGCCAGAUUCACGAGCCACUUCGUUUAGCAGGAACUUGGGUGGGGACGUGGGGUGCGAGGUCGCUGCAGUCAGGGGCUCUGUAUCAGCUGUAUCAGCUCAGCUCCUUUCUGGAUCGUACCCUUAAAAGGACCCACCCCCACUGUGGGACAGAAGUGUGUGUUGGAAUCUGCAAUUAAAACAAAUGUUCAAUUAGCUCUCCUGAAGCCGGAUCUUGGAUUAAACUUCAUUAACAUUCUCAGUACUUUUACUUGGAAAUAAAUGUGUUCUAGAACCGAGACGGAUGUAUGUAUUAAUGUUAAUGUGAACGGUCUAGCUUGCCGGAAGAAUGCAUUAAGAACUGAAAAGUAUUUUCUCUCUCUCUUUCUCUUUAGUUGACAAGUAUGAACUGGAGCUAGGUUUCCCCCCCUCCCCAACCGAUCUUUAAAUUUCUCCCCGAUCCACAAACCAGUUAAGCCACUGGGUUUAACAUAAUAUAUAAGUUCCUGAUGACCACCAACUCCUUGACCACUUGCUGUGAGACCACCGGCAGGACCCUCACGGACUCUGGGGCGGCAGCCUCGGCUCAGACCCCCGUCUAUUGCCCCGUGUAUGAGAGCAGACUGCUAGCCACGGCCAGGCACGAGCUCAACUCGGCAGCUGCCCUGGGAGUCUAUGGGAGUCCCUACACGAACACGCAAGGCUAUGGCAACUACGUGACCUACGGGACGGAGGCGUCGGCUUUCUACUCCUUGAACAGCUUUGAUUCGAAGGAUGGGAGCGGAUCUGCGCAUGCGGGAAUCACCCAGGCGGCUGCAUACUAUCCAUACGACCACACGCUCAGUCAGUAUCAAUAUGACAGAUAUGGUACCAUGGAUGGAGGGACGCGGAGGAAAAACGCCACUCGGGAGACCACUAGCACGCUGAAGGCCUGGCUGCAGGAGCACCGCAAGAACCCCUACCCGACCAAAGGCGAGAAGAUCAUGCUGGCCAUCAUCACCAAGAUGACCCUCACGCAGGUCUCCACCUGGUUCGCCAACGCCAGGAGGAGGCUCAAGAAGGAGAACAAGAUGACUUGGCCCCCCAGGAACAAGUGUGCGGACGAAAAGAGACCCUACGAGGACGAGGACGAGGGAGAGGGUCAAGGGGAGAGCUUGAAGAAUGAGAAACUCGAGGAGCCGGCCAGCAAGGAGGACAAAGAGCUGGGCCUCAGCGACCUGGACGACUACGACCCGCUGGAGUCGGAGAGCUCCGAGGGCGAGCUGAAGGCUGCCGCUUUCGGCCACGCGGAGGGGGAAGCGUGCGCCACCGAGGCCUGCAAGGAUCCCUCCUCCUUGGGCGCCGGCGCCGCCCCGCUGGAAAGCCCUCUCGAGCGGGCAAAGAGCUGCCUCAAGGACCCGACGGCGGGCGCGGAGGGUUGCGAGGCGGCGGAGCUGCUGAGCGCGCGGCAGAGGAGCUGCGAGGCCAAGCCGUGUUACCAGCAGCAGCAGCUCCUGGAGGCGUCCAGCAAGCCGAGGAUUUGGUCCCUGGCGCACACGGCCACCUCGCUCAACCAGGCCGAGUACCCGUCGUGUAUGCUGAAGCGCCAGCAGGGGGCGUCCUGUGUUUCUAGCGCCGCACCGGCCCCGCCCCCGACGCCUGGGGGCGUCUUGGAGAGGCACCCGAAGGAUUCCCCCGUCACCAACCUCAGGAACUGGGUUGACGGCGUGUUCCACGACCCGCUCUUCCGGCACAGUACUUUGAACCAGGCCUUGAGCAGUACCGCAGUGUCUUGGGCUACCACCAAAGGCUCCCUCUUGGAGACGGGGGCUCUGGGGCGCUCGCUGGGCGGCGGCGCCACCGCCGUGCUCAAGGGGCAGCUGGCAGGCCUGGCUGCGCCCCAGGACUCCGGCAAAGACUUUCUGGCUUUCCCCAAAGCAGGCAGCAAAAUGUUCUGCUCCUAACGACCGACCCGUCCGCCUCCCUGGGACAGGCCGGGGGAGGGAGGCAAGACGGUGGGAUGGGGGGGGGCAGACAGGCUUGGCCCCGAGGGACUGAGCGGCGGGAGGUGGAGAGACACACGCAGAGAGAGAAAGACUUGGAGAGAGUUUCCGCUCCAAACCAGAGGCGUUUUUUCCGUCGCAAAAACCGAGCAAGGAUUUUAAAAGCUGCCGGUAUAAAUGGAGAGAGAACGAAAAGACUGUCACUUGGCUGCAGCCUUAAGGGAUCAAUGUCUUCACGGUUAUUUAAGUCCAUAGCACGUUCCACUAGUUUAUAGAGGCGUCCUUCUGCGUUUACCUUGCAAAGUUUACCAGGCGCGAGAUUCGAAUUCAGCUUCUUGGGGAGGGAGUUGUUUGUCUGUUCUGUUCCCUCCUCCCUUUUUUUCCUUUUUCUAAAAAACAAAAAAAAUGAUUUGUGGCAUGCCAAUUUUCGUUUCUUCUUCGAACUUCCCUACCACCCCCCACCCUCCCCUUCUCAUCAUUAGCAUCUCACCCACAAAAAACAGCACUUCUUCCACCGAGUUGACACCAUUGCCCGCACACGCACACACACCGAAUUUGAACUUGACAAAUAAGCUAUGUCGAAAAGGUAUGUUCACUCCAAAUAAAUUGUCUGUCU